AGCUUCAGUUGCCAUCUGAGUGCAAUACAUCGGGAGUCCACCAGAGGGAAGUAGAGCUUCGCGCCCGAAACACGCUUUUUGGCGUCAGCUCCAGUCCACAGGGAAAGUUGCCCUCCCCCCAUCAUCCCUAAUAUGGAAAGCGCCGGUCCGGCAGAGAUGGCCGCCGGCAACGCUUCGUGGUGGAGGCGCAACGCGACCCUCGCCGACGGGGGGGAGGACGGCUGGGACCAGGAGGGCUUGUCGCCCGUCAUCCCCGCCAUCACCGCCGUCUACUCGCUCGUCUUCGUGGUGGGGCUGCUGGGGAACUGCCUGGUCAUGUACGUCAUCGUCAGGUACACCAAGAUGAAGACGGCCACCAAUAUUUACAUUUUUAAUCUGGCCCUGGGCGACGCGCUGGUCACCACCACCAUGCCCUUCCAGAGCACCGACUACCUACUCAACACGUGGCCCUUCGGCCAGGUGGUCUGCAAGGUCUUCAUCGCCAUCGACUACUACAACAUGUUCACCAGUAUCUUCACGCUCACCAUGAUGAGCGUGGACCGCUACGUGGCCGUGUGCCACCCGGUCAAGGCGCUCGACUUCCGGACGCCCGUCAAGGCCAAGGCGAUCAACGUGUGCAUCUGGAUCCUGUCUUCGGCUGCCGGCAUUCCCGCUUUUGUCCUGGGCGGAACGCAGACAAACCUCGGCAUCACUGAGUGCGCCUUACAGUUCCCUGAGCCAUACGUAUACUGGGACACCCUGAUGAAGAUGUGUGUGUUCGUGUUCGCCUUUGUGGUCCCGGUUCUGAUCAUCACUGUGUGCUACUCCCUGAUGCUCCUCCGUCUCAAGAGCGUCCGGAUGCUGUCUGGCUCGCGGGUGAAGGACAGAAACCUGCGCCGCAUCACCCGACUGGUGCUGGUGGUGGUGGCUGUCUUCGUGGUGUGCUGGACCCCCAUCCACAUCUUCAUCCUGGUCAAGGUGCUGACCAGCGUGCCCGAGACCACAGCCAUCAUGGCCGCAUACUUCUUCUGUGUGGCUCUAGGCUACACUAACAGUAGCCUCAACCCCAUCCUCUACGCCUUCCUGGACGAGAACUUCAAGCGCUGUUUCAAGGAUUUCUGCGUUUCAGCUAGGCUGAGGCGGGAGAAAGGCAAGAGUAAGAAGGCCGCCCUGGAGGCCGUGCAAGAGGCUGCCAUGCCGCUGCGAAACCCGGAUGAAAACAGUAAGCCCACAUGACUAGCGGUGGAACUGUCGUCAGUUUCUCACGGUGGAAAAGAAGACUCCCGAGACUUGGGCCUCACCCACGUCACUACCACAAUGUAGACUGUGCUGGUGACCUGGAGUGAGAAGGCACUCGCAUGAUUUGGUUCACUGACUCGAGUUGGCGGACUCACCACCAAGACUCCGGACUCAGAGGAUUCGAUGCAGUGACUUAAAUCCUCAUCAGAGUUGCCGCAUUAACUUGAGGCAGGGGACUAGAUGAUGGAACUCCUCGAUGUUUCCGUUAUUUCUGCUACCCCUGGUCAGUGAACCAAAUCACCAGAUUCACCAGAAAGACUGUGGACUUAGAAGAUCUGGGGAAGUGAUUUAGAAGAUCUGGGGAAGUGAUUUGAGUUAGCGGGGACUUGAUUUGGGACUUAAGAUUUGGCUCACUGAUUGAAGCCAGGACACACACGUGAAAAGAAAAGAUACUCAAUGUUUUGGUGACUGACUUGAAUUUGCAGAAUCUCAAGAACCGCAAAGACUCUUGGCCACCUGCUCCCUCUCCAUGGCUCUGGGCUACUGCACCUCAACCCUGUCCUUUACGCCUUCCUGAACGAGAAUUUCAAGAACCGUUUCAAGGACUUCUUCCUCUUUUGCUAAGCUGAUGCAAGAGAAAGCGCCCCGGGGCGGGAAGCUGGUACCGCAGGCCGUGACGCUGCAGAACUCAGAUGAAAAGUGCAGACCCGGAACUGUCCUCCUUUUCUAUGGUGGAAAAGAAGAAUCCAGAAAUUUUGGACCCCACUUACAUCCAAUAUCAACCCUGUUCGGAGGCGAUACCAACACUGAACAGUUUUCCUGGGUUCGGUCUUUUAAUGACUGAAAGCUUUGGGCGAUUCUAUUCGUCGAGGGCUACAAGACUGAAAUUGAAAUUCCGCUGGGGUCCACACUCUUACCGUUCUUGUCAUGUUAUGCCUUUUAUUCUGGAAAAGACGCCUCUACUCGUUCCAAAAAUAUCAUAUUUUUGCGCGGGGACCCCCAGUUUGAGAACGACUGGUUUACUGUACGUAUUUUGACUCACGUGUGCCUUUAGCCUAACGGUUCCAGCCGUCAAACACAACGACGUAAAGAAGAGUUAGCGUGAUUUGCGUGAAAACCAGAGAACUGUUGACAUUUAAAAACAGGAGCGGGUUUCGGACUCUGACAGAGGUUUUAUUGCGGAUUGGAAAAAUGAAGAACGGAGGUUGAUGACUUCACUGCGAAUAAUCCUGUCACGUGUGCCGUGUGGCGGCGACGUUAUAAUCCCAUUGAGAUGCGCGGACAUUACAAACCGUUCACAUUUUGUACAUAAUCACUGUAACGCCACGGUAUUUUGUUUAAAUAUACAGUACUGUACUCUGUCCUUGUAGCAUGCCGACCGUAGUAGUACAUUAGCGGGCCCGUAUGCUCGGUAGACGGUGCUGUUUGAAAAUGGUGUAGUGCAAAAUAACGUUAUUAUAUAAGCAAAUGUCCCCGUUUUGCAGCUAUUUUUACGCUUCCUGGUAACAUAAAUAACUUGAAAGCGAUAAAACUCCAAGAAAGAUUAUUUGGGGAUGCGGUCUUCUCUGUUAUCUUCCCAUCGUCGUUCUUGAUUGCUCAUCUGCGGCUUGGCUUUGUCCAUAAACCACGUAUUAAAUACAUUUUAAAUAGGACGUGAUUUGCCCACUAAUCGAGUGUAAAAUUAAACGACCAGGUCACCCUUUUGUCUUGUCUGUCCAUUUUUUGGAAACUUUUGUGUCGACCAGUUCCAGGGAUGAAAGAACCACUUGGACGUCGC